ACGCAUCAGUUAUCUUUUAAUGACCGUAGCUUCAAUAUGAAGGAAGAACCAACAUCAGGUGGUAUGAGAUGGAUGUCCUGGGUGCUAAGUGGAAGUAAAAAUGUUCAACUAAAUGACGAACCUGUUGCUGGGAAAAAUCGCUUAUGGCAGUUAAUUCAACUAAGAAGAAUACACGAAAGUAAAUUAGGUGGACCUACCCGCAUUUUAACUUCGAGUGAAAAGCUUUCUUUGAUGCCACAUAUCUUUCGUCAAAGUUCGACUGUAGAUGGAGAUGUUUGUUUACUAACCGACAGUCCGUAUAGAAUAUUAAGAGCUGCUGAAAGCGGUAAUUUAGAUGAUUUUAAUCGUCUUUUCAUAGCAGAGCCAGCCCGUCUUGAAGUUAGAGAUUCUAAGGGUAGAGCUGCUGUACAUCAAGCUGCUGCUCGAAAUAAACUUAAUAUAUUGCAGUUUAUAAGAAAUCAUGGUGGAGAUUUAAAUAUACGGGAUACAUAUGGCAAUACUCCGUUGCACAUAGCAAUUGAACACGAUUCAUUAGAUGCAGUUGAAUAUCUUUUACAAAAUGGUGCUGAUCCCAGUGCUCUAAAUGACAAAAAACAAGCCCCGUUACACUUGGCGGUCGAAUUAAAUCGAGUAGCCGUACUUCAAGUAAUGUGCAAAUAUAAAGAUAAAAUUGAUACUUGUCAAGGUGGAAAGCACGGAAGAACUGCACUUCAUUUGGCUGCUAUUCAUGACCAUGAUCAAUGCGCUCUAAUUUUAAUGCGAGAUCUUGGUGUUGAUAAUAGACAACCGUGUCAUAAUGGUUAUUAUCCUAUACACGAGGCAGCAAAAAAUGCAGCGUCCCGGACUAUGGAAGUACUGUUACAGUGGGCAGAGAGCAAAGGCAAUUCUAGACACCAAAUGAUAUCGUUUUUCGACGCUGAAGGCAAUGUACCUCUUCACUCUGCGGUACACAGUGGUGAUUUUAAGGCCGUAGAGCUUUGUUUAAAAUCUGGUGCAAAAAUAUCUACACAACAGUAUGAUCUUUCUACCCCAAUUCAUUUAGCUUGUGCUCAAGGAGCUAUUGAUAUAGUUCGACUAAUGUUUGGUUUGCAACCAGCAGAAAAAACUCAGUGUCUAUGUUCUUGCGAUGUUCAAAAAAUGACACCAUUACAUUGUGCUGCGAUGUUCGAUCGUUCAGAAAUUGUUCAAUAUCUCAUUGAAGAAGGGGCUGAUAUAAACGCUUUGGACAAAGAAAGUAGAUCUCCUUUACUUUUAGCAGCAAGUAGGUCAGGAUGGAGGACUGUAAUUAGUUUGAUAAGAUUGGGUGCUGAUGUUCAAGUCAAAGACUCUAGUAAAAGAAACGUAUUACACCUUAUUGUAAUGUAUGGUGGACGUCUAGAUGAGUUUGCUCAUGAAAUUAUUAUGGAAAAUGAUCAAAAAGCUUUAGAAAUGCUUCUUAAUGAAAGAGAUAAUUCAGGUUGUUCGCCGUUACAUUAUGCUAGUAGAGGAGGUCAUAUCAGAAGUUUGGAGAGUUUGAUACGAUUAGGUGCUUGUGUUAAUAUAAAAAAUCAUAAUGGAGAAAGUCCUUUGCAUUUUGGUGCACGAUACGGAAGGUUUAAUACUGUAAAACGAUUACUGGAUUCAGAAAAAGGAGCGUUUAUUAUAAAUGAGUCGGAUGGAGAUGGACUUACCCCUCUUCAUAUCGCAUCUCAACAAGGUCAUACUAAAAUAGUGCAGUUAUUCUUAAACAGAGGAGCUUUAUUACAUCGAGACCACAAAGGUCGAAAUCCAUUACAUUUAGCGGCUAUGAGUGGUCAUACUCAAACUAUUGAAUUGUUACAUUCAGUUCAUUCGCAUUUGCUCGAUCAAUGCGAUAAAGAUAAAAACACUGCUUUACAUUUAGCUACAAUGGAAAAUAAACCUAAUGCUAUUACAUUGUUACUGUACAUGAAUUGUAAACUUCUCUUCAAUUCAUUAGAUUUAAGCGCAAUUGAUUACGCCAUUUAUUAUAAAUUUCCUGAAGCAGCUUUGUCAAUGGUCACUCAUGAUUCUAGAGCUGAAGAAAUAAUGGCGUUAAAAUCUGACAGACAUCCUUGCGUAACACUAGCUUUGAUAGCUUCGAUGCCUCGUGUUUUUGAGUCAGUCCAAGAUAAAUGCAUUACUAAAGCCAAUUGUAAAAAAGAUUCUAAGCAGUUUUAUAUUAAAUAUUCAUUUUCUUGUCUUCAAUGUCCAGCAUAUGAAAAAAAUGGAGUAGCUGGAUCUUUGAAACCAACUCCUUUACCUGCUUUGAAUGCUAUGGUAAGUCAUGAUCGAGUUGAACUUUUGGCGCAUCCAUUAAGUCAGAAAUAUUUACAAAUGAAAUGGAAUACAUAUGGGAAGUAUUUUCACUUAGCACAUUUAUUAUUCUUCACAAUAUUCCUGAUAUUCGUUACUUUAUUUUCUUCUCAACUGAUGGUACACAAAACAAAAAUACUAAGAAACAAUACCUAUGAAAUCAUAAAUGACUUGAAAGCUUCUGAUAUGACGAAUACUAGUCAUACUACAUUGAAGACUAUUGCUUUUUUGAUUAUGGUCUACGUUUUUAUAAAUAGUGUAAGAGAAGCAAUUCAAUUUUAUCAGCAAAGAUGGCCUUACUUAUUAGAUCCAACUAACGCAGUGGCGAUACUUCUGUAUUUUUCAGCUGUAGCAAUGAUUACGCCAGCUUUAACUGGGUAUUUUGCUGAAUAUCAAAUAGCUUUUGCCAGCAUAACUGUAUUUCUCAGUUGGUUUACUCUUUUAUUGAAUUUGCAAAGAUUUGAUCAAGUAGGAAUUUACGUUGUGAUGUUCCUUGAAAUAUUGCAAACAUUAAUAAAAGUAUUGCUUUUGUUCUCAAUACUUAUUGCUGCUUUUGGAUUAGCGUUCUAUAUUCUUUUAUCAAGGGGCAAUCAUUUAUCGUUUAGUACAGUACCAAUGUCAUUAUUGAGAACUUUUGCCAUGAUGUUAGGGGAAAUAGAUCUUCUUGGCACUUACAUACAGCCGUUGUACAGUAGUUACGAAGAAGGUAGUGGUGAUGUCAAGAGUAUACCUUAUCCAGUUCCUGUAUUUUUAAUGCUCGGCGUUUUCAUGGUUUUAAUGCCCAUUUUAUUGAUGAAUUUACUCAUUGGUUUAGCCGUGGGUGAUAUUGAGUCAGUUCGGAGAAACGCUCAACUGAAAAGAUUAGCAAUGCAGGUCAUUUUGCACACUGAACUUGAAAGGAAGUUACCUCAAGUACUUUUGGAGAAAAUUGAUAAAACAGAACAGAUUGAAUAUCCCAAUGAAAGAAAAACUAAAAUGGGGUUUCUGGACUUUAUUUUACGAAAAUGGUUUUGUAACCCUUUUUCUGACGAUGCUAUUGAGAUGGUUUUGGAAAACAACGAAAAUGAUUUAACGGAUGAAAUAGAUAAAGUUAAGGAUCGUUUGAAGGUAAUAACUAGUUCUUUAGAGACUCAACAAACCUUCUUGAGAUUGAUUAUCCAAAAAAUGGAAAUUAAAACUGAAGAAGAUGAAAUUGAUGAGGGAGUAUUUCCAAAAGAUAUGGUAUUUACCAAUAGUCUAAAUGCUAGAUGGUCUUCGCCACGAAUUAGGACUAAACUCAAACCUUCUUUUAGUUUUUCCAAGUGUUAUACAAAGUAAAAAGUUGAUAAAAUUUUUUAAAUGUUUAAUUUCUUAGAUUAUUUUAACAAAAUACUAAUUUAUUUUUUAAAUAUAAAUUUCUCUUAGUAGUUGUGGAGAUUAUUGUUGUAUUAAACUAUAUAAUAUAAUUAUUAAUGUAUUAAUAUAUGAUUGGUCACUGUUGAUUUUAUUGA